AGCCCCGGAAACUCGGAUCCCUGCUCCUCCGUCUCCUCCACCUCCUCCCGAUCUCCGAUCGGAACUCCCUCCGGUCCCUUUUCACGGCGACGAUGUUCCUCUUCCCGUUUUCGGUGCAAUCUGAUCGCGCGGGCGCAUGAGGAGGAGCGACGCCGAGACAUCCGCGGGAGCAAAGGUGGCGCGGCUCGAAUCCGCCGCCGGCGGCGGCGGCGGCGGCUCUGUUUGGUCGGGCGAGCUCGACCAUGUGCCGCUCGAGCGGAGGAGGAGUUGGCUGAUGAAGAAGUCGAGGCCUGCCGCGAGCGGCGGCCCUCCUCCGAAUUGCGUCGCCCCCGAGGGAGGAGCGGAAAAGCCGGCUGUGGCUGUCGGAGACGGUGUUGUUGCUAAGAAGGAAGACGAGAGCUGCAAUACGCAGGUUGAUAGUGGAGGAGUUUUUGCAGGCAUUAAGUGUUGUUCUGAGUCAGAGAUAUUACGGAAAUGUUCUGUUGAUGGAAAAUCCCCGGGGGGUGGAAAUCAGUUGGUGGAUGUUCUCGAAAAGAAUGUACAGGAUGAAUGUGGAACUAUUGGAUUUGAUACAUCACGCGAUGCCACACCAAUACUUCUAGGUCAUACCUCAGGCGAUACUACUGCAGUUUUCCCUUCCAGAGAAAGUGAAUGGUUUGGAUUUCCUGAUAAUUGUAUGGAUGGUGAAACUGCAAAAUAUCCAAAUCGAGAAAAAGCUGAUUUCAUGUGCUCACCUAUGCCAUUGCCUUUGGGGGAAAACCGGUCUAAUAUGCAGAAUAAUGUUCCCGGAGCCACACAUGAUCUGGUAGUUUCAAACAUUUUAACCUCAAAUAAAGUUAAAAUUGAACCUUCUGAUGACAAUGACUUGCUCAACCGGCAAAUUUCAACUGUCAACGUGUCCCACUUGUUAGAUUCAGAAUUGACAUUGAACAAAAGGAAUGGCGAAAUUCAAGAUGAUGGGUGGUCACAUGAACUUGAACAUGUUCCGCUGCUACUACGAAGAAAAAUGUUGUUAGCAGGCAAGGAGUUUCCAAGUGCUGAUAACACUAAAUUAUCAAUAUCUAAAGUAAAUGACAGCGAAUGCAUGUCCCAUCACGAUGUUGCAAUUGUUAAGGAAGAGGAACAACUUCAUCCUUCGGGUAUUUCAGGAGAUGACUUUGUAAAGAAUAGUGAUGGAACUACGAGGGAUGAUGUCCAGUCUUUGCUAGUGUCUAAUGGAUUUGACUCGCGUGACAUGUUGGAACGAGGUGAUUCUGAUAUACGUGGAAGUACGGUGACAGAUGCAUCUGAUACUUCUGUUUCACAAUGUUGUUUUGGAGCUAAUCAAGUUUCUUCAUUGCCUAUUGUAUUUGAGAGUGCUCUGUCAAGUAAAUCAAGAGAUUUUGUGGAACUUAAAAAAUGUGUAGACACGACUGUAUCCAAGGGAAAAUUGCCCAAGUUAAAUUUGUGUAAUGGACAGGAUCCUGGUUUAUGUUCAAUGAUGAUAGCAAAGCCUGCUGCAGCUUUGAAACAAUCUGCCAAAGUUAAGAUUGAACCUUCAGAUCUUCAUGCCAUGCCCAAGAGUAACAAUACUUCUAAGGAUCACUUAAACUUGAAGACGCUAUCGGUAAAGAGUGAAGCACAAGACUCUGAUGAUCUUUCAUCAGACAAGGUGGAUCAUAUGCUGCUACGAGAUCGUUUGGAACUACUGACAUCACACAUGGACUCUGUGGCUGAUGGUAGUAAGACAUACAGUUGUUACCCCGAACUCAUCCCUUCUGUACGUGAGAGCAGUCAUCCAGUUCCAGAAUCUGUUAAGCUGACUGUCCCUAAGCGUCUGCGGAAAAGAAAAAAGACUGCCACUGAUUCAAUUGAAACUGCCUUGGAAGAAGAUGCACCAGGACUUCUGAAGGUUUUACUUGACAAAGGGGUUACAGUUGAUGAAAUGAAGCUUUAUGGGGAGGCAGAGAGCAAUGAACUUGUGGAUGAAUCUUCCAGCAAUGAUGGCUUUGCAGAGCUUGAAGAUGUAAUAUCGAAGCUUUUCUCUCAACGCCAAUCUUUCUUGAAAUUUGCACCCAUACGUGGCUCAAAGGAUGCAAAAAUUAGUUAUUGCCUGGCUUGCCUUCUCUCUCUGGUGGAGCAGACACGAUAUCUGCGUUUCCGGAAGUGGCCGGCCGAAUGGGGUUGGUGCCGGGACCUUCAAUCAUUUAUAUUUGUCUUUGAAAGGCAUAAUAGAAUAGUCCUGGAACGUCCGGAAUAUGGGUAUGCCACAUAUUUCUUUGAGCUGGUGGAUUCACUGCCUAUUGACUGGCAGAUUAAGCGGUUGGUGAUUGCCAUGAAGCUAACUAGCUGUAGCAGGGUGACCCUAAUUGAGAACAAAGCGCUAUCGGUUGGGGAAGACUUGACUGAAGGUGAAGCACAGGUCUUGAUGGAAUACGGUUGGCUACCAAAUACUGGCUUGGGCACGAUGCUUAACUAUUGCGACAGAGUCUAUCAUGACCAAAGGAAUGAGAUGGACAUUUCCGAAUGGAGAGCGAAGAUAGGGAAGUUGCUGAUUGAGGGCUAUAACGGAGGAAGUAUCGUCCAGGCCAACAUCAGAAAGAUAACAGAAGAUCGGAGUUUGACAGAACAUGAAAGCCCGGAGAUCGCGCAGGUUAAAAUGGAGGCGGAGCUCUAGUUUAUCGUAAUGAUCAAAUUGUACAUACUCCUUGAAAGUUGGCUGAUGACAAACCACCCUAGAAACUUUAGGAGUAAUCAAUCUUUUCUAAAUAGAAGUAAUAUGCUGACGUCGGUAAGUAAGCUCUAACUUAUGCUAAUUCAUCAGUUUGUUCUUUUAGAUGUGCACUUCGCACCGUUGGAGAUUAUUUCAUUAAUUCGAGCACAUGACACAAUAUAUAAAGAAAUAGGGUUGCCUUUGGACGUUAGACCUUUAUACCGGAUAGGAUAAAGUCGAAUAAGGAUACGAUAUGCUUUGUAAUGUCCUAUGUAUUAUUUUGUAAAUGUCCGGAUAUAAUGUGGACACCCGAAUCAAGUGGCUAUCCUCUCAA